AUGCCCAACGAUAACCCUGCCUGUGCUGACUGUAAAGCCAAGAAGAAGCGGUGCAUCCACCGUAACCAACCUGUGAAGGUCACUGAGGCUGAAGCCGUCCCAGUCAACAUGCCUUCCCCCUCCGAUCCCACUCCCCCUCCCGUCCCGACCCCUGCUCCCCCCCCGGCGUCUGUCACAGCGCCUGUCGCUUCUCCCGGUGCUGCCACCAGAGGACGCCGCAAGGCCGCUGAGGCCAAGGCCAAGAUGAGUCCCGCUCCCGCCGACUCCAGCGACGAGCUUUCUUCCGUGCCCUCCGAGGCCGAGCAGAAGUCGGUGGUCAACAAAUCCACCAAGCGUAGUCGUCGUGCUAAGCCCGCUGCCGAGCCCCAGCCCGGGGCCCUCAACCUCUCCGCCGAUAAUAUUCAGGCCGCUUCCACCAUGUCCGUCCACCGCGUCUGGGCCCGCCAGCUUGAGGAUGACCUCCAGGAACUUCAGAGGAGCAUGCAGGCCUUCAACGAGGCUCACGGUGAUACCAUCGCCGCUGCCCAGGCUAUCGAGCGUACUGUCGAAGGCUGGAUUCAGACUUGGGCCGUCUCUGGUCGUUAA